GAGAUCAGAGCUCAGACUAGUUUCAGUUAUAAGGAAGUGAAACUCACACAGUCACUGACACUGAGAGGAGAAAUGGCGCAGAAAGGAGUUCAGCUGGACCGAGAAACCUUCACUUGUUCCAUCUGUUUGGAUCUACUGAAGGAUCCGGUGACUACGAGCUGUGGACACAGCUACUGCAUGAACUGUAUUAAAAGAUUCUGGGAUGAAGAGGAGGAGAAAAAGGGAAUCCACAGCUGCCCUCAGUGCAGGAAGACUUUCACACCGAGGCCUGUCCUGGAGAAAAACACCAUGUUAGCUGUUUUAGUGGAGGAGCUGAAGAAGACUGGACUCCAAGCUGCUCCAGCUGAUCUCUGCUAUGCUGGACCUGAAGAUGUGGCCUGUGAUGUCUGCACUGGGAGGAAGCUGAAAGCCAUCAAGUCCUGUUUAUCUUGUCCAGCCUCUUACUGUGAGAAACACCUCCAACCUCACUAUGAUGCAGCUCCAUUAAAGAAACACAAGCUGGUGGCCCCCUCCAAGAAGCUCCAGGAGAACAUCUGCUCUCGUCAUGAUGAGGUGAUGAAGAUUUUCUGUCUUACUGAUCAGCAGAGUAUCUGUUAUCUCUGCACAAUGGAUGAACAUAAAGGCCAUGAAACAGUCCCAGCUGCAACAGAAAGGACUGAGAAGCAGAAGGAGCUCGAGGUGAGACGACUAAACAUCCAGCAGAGAAUCCAGGACCGAGAGAAAGAUGUGAAGCUGCUUCAACAGGAGGUGGAGGCCAUCAAUGGCUCUGCUGAUAAAGCAGUGGAGGACAGUGAGAAGAUGUUGACUGAGCUGAUCCGUCUGAUCCAGAAAAGAAGCUCUGAUGUGAAGCAGCAGGUCAGAUCCCAGCAGGAAACUGAAGUGAGUCGAGUCAAAGAGCUUCAGGAGAAGCUGGAGCAGGAGAUCGCUGAGCUGAAGAGGAAAGACGCCGAGCUGGAGCAGCUCUCACACACACAGGAUCACAACCAGUUUCUACACAACUACCCCUCACUGUCAGCACUCAGUGAGUCUACACACUCAUCCAGCAUCAAUAUUAGAACUCUGAGGUACUUUGAGGAUGUGACAGCAGCUGUGUCAGAGACCAGAGAGAAACUACAGGACAUCCUGAGAGAGGAAUGGACAAACAUCUCACUGACAGUCACUGAAGUGGAUGUUUUACUGUCACCACCAGAGCCAAAGACCAGAGCUGGAUUCUUAAAAUAUUCACAUAAAAUCACACUGGAUCCAAACACAGCAAACAGACAGCUGUUAUUAUCUGAGGGGAACAGAAAAGUAACAAGAAUGAAACAACAACAGUCUUAUUCUGAUCAUCCAGACAGAUUCACUAGAUGGUGUCAGGUCCUGAGUAGAGAGAGUCUGACUGGACGUUGUUACUGGGAGGUGGAGUGGAGAGGGGGAAUAGUUUAUGUAGCAGUUACAUACAAGAAUAUCAGCAGAGCAGGGAGCUCAUAUGAAUGUGGGUUUGGAUGGAAUGAUAAAUCUUGGGCAUUAAAUUGUGAUGCAAACAAUUAUAUAUUUCGGUACAAGAAGGUUAGAACUGUCCUCUCAGGUCCUCGGUCCUCCAGAGUAGGAGUGUACCUGGAUCACAGAGCAGGUAUUCUGUCUUUCUACAGCGUCUCUGAAACCAUGACUCUCCUCCACAGAGUCCAGACCACAUUCACUCAGCCGCUCUAUGCUGGACUUUAUCUUUAUGAUGGAACCACUGCAGAGUUGAUUAAAGUCAGAUAGACAGAGAAGAUAGGUUCAUGUUGAUCCUGACCAUUAUAUGUACUUGUGUAGUUUCUAAAUGAGGCUUUACAUUUUAGAAGCUGAGAAGUUCAGUGGUCCAUUGAUGUCUGAAAAUAAUAUUGCACUGAUUCAAACUGUACUUACAUUUAUAUACCUUACAUCAAUAUAAAUCUGGAUCUGUUCUUAUGGCUGAUAAUCAUGUGAGUUUCAAUUAUACUACUCUUCAUAUUCAGCAUGUUUUCAGUCUUGAAUCAGUCUGGUUAGUGGUUUUAUUGUGUAGUUGCUGUAGUGGGUUGUCAAAUGCAAAGAAUCCAUUGGAGCUGCAGUGAUUCAUCAGUUAGUCAAUGAUUAGAAAAUUGAUUGUUUUAUAAUUAUUUUAGUCAUAUUUAAAACUGCUUCCAGUUUCUGAAAUGUGAAGAUUGUUGAUUUUCUUGAUCAUAUGAAAGUAAACUUAAUGUCUUUGAGGUUUGAACUUUGAAAAUGGAACAAAAAUUUGAAUCUUUGAGCUGUUUGAGAUUUUUACCUGUUAUCUGAUACUUAUACUCAUAAAAAGUCUCUUCCUAA